AUGGCAGGCGAGGCGAUGCAGACCUUUCGCGUUGGUGCGCACGUGUGGGUGCCCGACCCCGAGCUCGCGUGGGAGGAGGGGUGCGUGGUAGAGGACCUGGGGGAAGGCAAACUGGCCGUGAAGAUCGAUAAUCCCGACAAGCCGGACGUAAGGCGACUGUUACGCCUCUUGCGCCCAAUUUACCCGUUUCAGUACGCGUCAGGGAUGCGUCGAACGCGGAUCGCUGUCCUUUCACUGCUUUCAAUCCUUACCGUCUCCAUGAUCAUCCUGCUUCCAUUCCAUCGUCCCAUCUUCUACCUGCACGCGGGGAAGCCGCUAGUGGACGACAUGACCCAAGUCCUCAAAUUCCUCGUCAAAUUUCAAUUUCGUCCGCACAUCUCACGGCCUUCUGCCGUUCUCAUUCCCAUCGCGCCGCUCGUUCUCAUUCCCAUCGCGCCGCUCCGGCCUCCUCCGCAGCUAUGGGAGGUGUCUACCAUUCAUGCCAAUUUUCUUCCCUACCUAUCUACUCCUUGCUGCGCUUCGCACCCUCAACUUUCUGCCACUCCUUGGCAGCUAUGGGAGGUGCACGCGUCGCUGUGCUGCAUGCGCGAGCCAGAGGGCCCGUUACUGGACGACAUGGUUCGUCUCACAUGCCUGCACGAGCCCGGUGUGCUCUCCAACCUCUGCCGCCGCUACCGCGCCAACCUCAUCUACACAUACACAGGGUCUAUAUUGAUAGCGCUGAACCCUUUUGUGCGCAUCCCUGGGCUGUACGACACCGCUAUGAUGCGCCAGUACCAUGGCGUGCCGCUCGGCCUGCUCUCACCUCACGUCUUCGCCACUGCAGAGAACGCAUUUCGGGCCAUGAGGGAGGGGGGUCGCAGCCAGGCGAUUCUGAUAAGCGGGGAGAGCGGAGCAGGCAAGACAGAGACCACGAAGCUAAUCAUAGAGUACCUCGCCCGCGCUGCUGCUCACAGUGACCCUGCCUCGCUGCCCUCCCCCACCAUCGUCCUCCCCACUGCCUCCUCCUCCCUCCCCGCCCUGCACAUCCACCCAUCUGGCUCGCCCUCCGCCUCUCCGAGCAUAGAAUCACUGGUCCUCCAGGCCAAUCCACUUCUCGAGGCCUUUGGUAACGCCAAGACUCUCAGGAACGACAACUCAAGCCGCUUUGGCAAGUUCAUCGAGCUGCAGUUUGGGCGCGGCGGCGGGCUGACGGGGGCAGCGGUGCGCACGUACCUGCUGGAGCGGUCGCGAGUGGUGCGCAUCGCAGACUGCGAGCGCAACUACCACAUCUUCUACCAGAUGUGCCAGGGGCUGUCUCAGGAGGUGAGCCAUGGGCUAGGCUGUCUCACAAGUGUGCACAUACCUGUUACAGCGGUUGCGUGUGUGUGUGUGGUUCACAUCGCAGACUGCGAGCGCAACUACCACAUCUUCUACCAGAUGUGCCAGGGGCUGUCUCAGGAGGAAGCAGCGGCGCUGCAGCUGCCCCCUGACCCCAGCACGCGCGCCCACCACUUCCACUACCUCAACCAGAGCUCCUGCUUCCACCUGCCUGGCCGUGCCUCUGACGCUGACGAGUUUUCCGCCACCAUGGCCGCCAUGCGGGCUGUUGGCAUCACUGCACAGCAGCAGGACUCAAUCCUGAAAAUACUGGCGGCCAUCCUCCAUAUAGGCAACUUCACGUUUGAGCAGAGGGACUCGGAUCUGGUGCUGGCAGUGCCUCAUGCAGAGGCGCACCUGGGUGCCGCUGCUGACCUGCUCAGAGUGGACAAGGAGGCGAUGCGGGAGAGCAUCACGGUGGUGACGAGGCGGGUGGGGCCGGAGGUCAUUCGCAGCCCAGCGGACGACCGCACCGCCUGCUUGCGCCGCGACGCCCUCGCCAAGGCACUCUACUCGCGCGUCUUUGACUGGCUGGUGGAGCGAAUCAACGAGUCGAUACAGCAGACAGGUGUGGUGGAGGAGGGCCGGUGCAUAGGCGUGCUGGACAUAUAUGGCUUCGAGCACUUUGAGACCAACAGCUUUGAGCAACUGUGCAUCAACCUAGCCAAUGAGAAGCUGCAGCAACACUUUAACCAGCACGUGUUGAGGGAGGAGCAGCAGGUGUACGAGCGGGAGGGCAUCCAGUGGGACUUCAUUGACUUUGACGACAACAGCGAUGUGCUCGACGCCAUAGAAGGGGUGCGUUGCAUUCUUAUCAUGGAUCAUGCCUGGGACAAUCUUUUGCUGCCAGUGGACAAGUCCACCACAUUUGAUGCCAGAAGCUUUAGACUGAUGCUCCCCAUCGCAUCUCAAGACUCUCCUUGCACUCCUCCCAACCCUCCUUGCACUCCUCCCAACCCUCCUUGCACUUCUCCUCCCCCACAGGACAAGGGCAUCAUCUCAAUGCUUGACUCUGCCUGUACCCCAUCGCCUUCUCACCCCCCAACACCGCUCCUCUUUCCCCCGAGCCCACUGUUCUCCCUGCAGCUCCAGCUGGCGCAGCUGAUGAAGACACUGUCUGCCAUGCAGCCCCACUACGUGCGCUGCAUCAAGCCAAACGCCGCCAGCCACCCGGCCGUCUUUGACUGGCUCUCCGUGGCCAAUCAGCUGCGAUCUGGGGGCGUGGUGGAGGCCAUUCGAGUGUGCUCUGCGGGCUUCCCAUCGCGCCGCCCCUUUGGGGACUUCAUCGAACGCUUCGCCCUGCUGCUGCCCCCCGACUCCCCUGCUGCCCUCAAGCUCUCAACGGCAUCGGAGCCUGACAUUGUGAAGCUCAUUCUCACCAAUGCCAAUCUGACAGGCUGGCAGGUGGGGCGCACCAUGGUGUUCCUACGCGCGGGGCAGCUGCAGGCGCUGGAGGCGUGUCGGUCGCAGCAGGUGGACGCGGCAGCAGCGGCCAUCCAGAGGGCAGUGCGGCGCUACCUGUGGCGCAAGCACCGCCUGCACGCCACUGUUGUCAUCCAGAGCGCAUGGAGAGACCUCCUCACAUCCCAAAUGCAUCCCCCCCUCCUUCCCUACCCCUGUUUCUCCCUCUUUCUUGCCCCUUCAUUCCCCUCCCCCCUUCCACUCCCCCAGGCUACCUCACCCGGCGGUGGGUGCACGUGCAGAGAGCGCGAAGAGCAGUGGUGCGCAUUCAAAGAUGGUGGCGCCCCAAACCCCUCCCUCCCGUUCUUCUUCCUCCCGCUUCUUCCGCCUCACCACCCACACCCCCGCUCCACUUCCCCAGGCUACCGCACCCGGAGGAUAAUGAGGGUGCACAGGGAGAGGAGGGCGGCGGAGCGCAUACAGAGCUGGUGGCGCGGGCUGGUGGUGCGCUGUGGCUUCCUGGAGCUGCGCCGCGUGGCCAUCCUGCUGCAGCGCCGGCGCCGGGGGCAAGUGGCUCAGUAUGCAGAAGAAUGGCGGCUGCAGCACUGGGCUGUCAUCACCAUUCAGGCGGCGCAGCAGCAGGCGGAGCUGGCUCCACCACGCAAGAAGGUGGAUGUGGCUGUUGAUGCCAUCCGCCUGGCCGUGUUGCGCGUCAUGCGGGACAAGGCAGAGAGGGCGAGAGCAGCAGCAGAGGAGUCAGUAUCCGCCCUCCAGAAAGAGCUCGAGGCUCGGUCCCGCCACGCCCAUGCCCUCGACCGGGACCUCCGAGCCACCCGCUGCGACCUGGAGAUCCGAACCUCCGAAGCCGAGGCUCGGAUUGCCGAACUUGAGGCGGAGGCUCGGGAGGCAGACCGGCAGCGGCGGGAGUGGGAGGCCUGGGCGAAAGAGCAGGAGAUGGUUGAGAGGGAGGUGAAGGAGAGGAGGAGGGAGCUGGAGCAGUGGAGGAGGGAAGCUGAGGGGAAGGAUGCUGAGAUUAGGAGACUGAGGGAGGAGUUGGAGGUUGCAAGAGGGAGGCUGAGAGAGGCUGAAGGGCAGGUGGUCGGGCUGAAACAGCAGGUGAUGGUGGUUGAAGGGAGGGUGGAGCCUGCACCUGGGGUGAUCCCAGGGCAGAUGAUGAUCGAGUGGCACAGUGAGGACCCCAGCAGGGCAGAGCAGGUGGGGCGGGAGCGGGAGCGGGAGAGGGAGAGGGCGAGGGAGCGGGCAGUGUCAGGUUUGACAGCGCCAUCAGUGGUGUCAGGCGUGGAAGAGACCUCUUCUUCAGUGGUGCUCAUGCGAGGAGAGGAGGGCGACACUCUCACUGACAUGAUCAGCGAGCGAACCCCACAGCGAACCCCUGACGGUGUAGAGUCCGACGACGACGGGUACACCUACACCUACCUCGUCUCCCCUCCUCCCCCACCUCCCCCUCCGCCUCUUCCACCUCACACCACCGCAGCAGCAGACAACCCUACCCCAGGAGGCCUCUCCCCGCCGCUCCCCGACUUUCCCCCACCACCUCCUCCAGCCUACCGCAGCCCGCCAGUGGGGAUGAUCGUGCCGCCACGCUGCCACUCUGACCGCCUGCGCUCCUCCCCCUCCACCUCCAGUGUGGGCUCUUUAGACGAAGACUGGAGCCUCAGGGAGGGCAUGCUGGGAGGCGGCAGGUCGACAAUGGCCAUGCGCCUGGGAAUGGGGGGAGCAGGGGGAAUGGGGGGACAGCCAGGGGGGUUCCGGGGCGGGUCUGGGGGAGGUACGGCCUGGGGCGGGUUUUACGGCCGGGCGGGGAGCGCUGGAGCACCUUCUGUGGUGAGUUUUGGCGGAGGGAGCGGGGGAGGUGCGGGCGGGUCCGGAGCAGGAGGGAGUGGUUCGGUGCCGAGCCUGCACCAGAUGAUAGCCUUGGCGGAGAAGGAUCGGGACAUGGCGGCGCGGCUGGGAGCGGAGGCGGACUGGUUGAGGGGGGCGUAUAAGGAGACGAGGCAGGAGGCGACAGCAGCAGCAGCAACGGUGGCUGCUGGCGCUACAGCCGUCCCUCCCUUCCUCCCCCCCUCCACCCCCUUCUCCCCCUACUCCCCCUAUUCCCCCUACUCCCCCUACUCCUCCGCCUCCUCCCUCCCCUUCUCCUCCCUCUCCCCCUUCUCUUCCCUCUCCCUCUCCUCAUCCCCCAUCCCGCCACACGACGAG